CUCCUCCUCCUCCUUCCGCGCUUCUUCUUCCUCAGCAUCCGCCAGCCUGGGGAGAUGGGGCGGCCGGAGCUUCGGCCCUGAAGGGAAGGCGCCAAGGAACGGGCCGGCGGAAGGGCGGGGCUCUGGCGGAAGGGGCGGGGCGCAGGCCUACCAUGAUUCUGCUCUCUGGCUGCUGAUGCCGGCGCAUCCUCGGUUGCCAUGACAACGGGCGACUGCUGCCACCUCCCCGGCUCGCUGUGUGACUGCCCGGGCAGCGCUGCGUUGUCCAAGUCGGUGGAAGAUUCCGACUUUGGGCGCCCUCAGUACGUCACCCAAGUCACGGCCAAGGACGGACGGCUGCUCUCGACAGUCAUCAAAGCCCUGGGGACGCAGAGCGAUGGCCCGAUCUGUCGGAUCUGCCACGAAGGCGGAAGCGGAGAAGGCCUGCUCUCGCCCUGCGAUUGCACAGGCACCUUGGGGACCGUCCACAAGAGCUGCCUGGAGAAGUGGCUUUCCUCCUCCAACACGAGCUACUGCGAACUGUGCCACACCGAGUUUGUCGUGGAGCGGCGGCCCAGGCCCCUGAUCGAGUGGCUGAAGGACCCCGGCCCACGCAACGAGAAGCGGACGCUGUUCUGCGACAUGGUGUGUUUCCUUUUCAUCACCCCGCUGGCUGCCAUCUCCGGCUGGCUUUGCCUUCGCGGUGCCCAAGAUCACCUGCAGUUCAAUAGCCGCCUGGAGGCCAUCGGCCUGAUUGCCCUGACCAUAGCACUUUUUACCAUCUAUGUCCUUUGGACACUGGUGUCAUUCCGCUACCAUUGCCAGCUGUACUCAGAGUGGCGAAGGACCAAUCAGAAAGUCCGCCUGAUGAUCCCGGACUCGAGGAACCCGCACCCUGUCUCGCACUCGCUGCUCUCCGCCAAGCUCCUGAAGAAGAAGGCCGAGGAGACGACCGUAUGAGCCAGGAGCGGCCCUCCGUAGGCGAGGGGGGCCCUCCCCUUUCAGGGGCGGCGGCGG